GGCAUGGAGUAUCUGGCCUCCAAGAAGUGCAUCCACAGGGACCUGGCAGCCAGGAACGUCCUGGUGACCGAGGACAACGUGAUGAAGAUUGCUGACUUCGGUCUGGCCCGGGACAUCCACCACAUAGAUUACUACAAGAAGACAAUGAACGACCGCCUGCCGGUGAAGUGGAUGGCCCCAGAAGCUCUGUUUGACCGAAUAUACACUCACCAGAGCGACGUGUGGUCCUUCGGGGUGCUGUUGUGGGAGAUCUUCACACUGGGUG